AUGACAGCAUGCGGUGUUGCCAAGUGCGCUGUCGAUCGUCAAAUGGGUAUUUCCGACUUCACCGAGUACAGACUGGGUUCAGACGUGUGGAACCUGGGACGGGCCUGUCAGCCCACCGUUUCAGAGAUCUUCAAGUCCAAGGUUGAUUUAAAUCCUUCGUCACCGCCGAGGCACAAUUCACGCGACCUAAAGCUACCACAUUGA